AAACCCUUAAUUAGGAGUAAGUAUAAACUGGGCCUUCGCUGCCUGACUGAUCUCUAAAGACGAGCACUCCCAUCAAUCUUUUCAAUCAUCUAUCGAUACCUGGGCUUAGUCAUUCACAAUGGGCGUCGAGGAGAAAGACACAUACGCGGCGGAGGUCGAGAACGUCAAGCACGAUGCGUCAUCAACUCCCCCUCAACAGCUCGAAGACUUCGACGAGAAGCUUGCGGCCAGAAUUCGACACAAGAUUGACCUCCGCCUCCUCCCUGCGCUUGGUGCCAUGUACGCCAUCUGCCUGUUGGACCGUAACAACCUGUCCAACGCAGCCGUUGCUGGCAUGAAUGUCGAGCUGAAGAUGGAGGAGGGGGACAACUACAAUCUGGUCAACAUGUGCUUCUUCAUCACUUAUAUCACCCUGCAACCUUUCGCGGUUUUACUCUGUCGAUGGAUGGGUCCGCGAUGGUUCCUACCAAUGAUCUGUGUGAUCUGGGGUUCUGUCAUCAUUGGUGCUGGAUUUUCCCCGAAUUGGCAGACGCUUUUGGGUCUGCGACUCAUUUUGGGCGCUCUUGAGUGUGGCUUCUUCCCAGGUUGCCUGUACCUUCUCUCGACGUGGUACACGCGAUUCGAGAGCUCGCGUCGCUAUUCAAUCUUUUACCUCCUUGGCAGCUGCGUGGGCUCCCUCGGAGGUAUCCUUGCAUUUGGUUUGCAGCAGCUGGAUGGCAGAGGGGGACUCGGCGGAUGGAGAUGGAUCUUCAUUAUUGAAGGUGUUAUUACCGGCGGGAUUGCAAUUUUCGCCCUCCUGUAUCUUGUGAAAUUCCUCGAUGAGGAGUUGAUAAGGCCAUCUUGGAAGUUCCUCACGCGGGACGAGUUGGAAUUUGUCGCUGCUCGACUCAACGCCGAUCGAGGCGACGUCGAGGUGGAGCCGUUCACCAUCAAGCGCUUCCUCGAGCCCGCCACGGAGUGGUUCAUCUACGGCUUCCCCAUCAUCCUCAUGCUCACCACCGCCCUCGGCUAUGCCUUCGCCUUCACCCUCCCCAUCAUCCUCCAAAGCUCCCUCGGCUUCGGCGUCGCCGAGGCCCAAUGCCUCACCGCGCCGCCGUACUUCUUCUCCGCCAUCCUCAUGUAUGUCGCCGGCUGGCUCAGCGACAAAUACCGCCAGCGCGGCCUCGCGAUCGUGAUCCUCGCCACCAUCGGGCUGAUCGGCCUGCCGAUCAUGGGCUGGGCAAAGAAUCCGUGGGUACGGUAUUUCGGCGUGUUCGUGUCGGUUGGCGGGGCGAACUCGACCAUUCCUAGCGUGUUUGCGUACCAGGGAACCAAUAUUCGAGGACAGUGGCGCCGCGCGUUCUGCUCCGCGUCGCUGACCGGCCUCGGUGGCAUCGGUGGAAUCAUCGGUGCGCUGAUCUUCCGCCAACAAGAUAAACCGGAUUACUUCCCGGGUUUCAUCGCCUGUAUUGUCGCGUCCGUCCUGAUCGUCAUCACCGUCGGGGUCAUGACUAUAUACUUCCGCCGCUGCAACGCGGAGUGCGACCGGGGCGAGAGGGUAUUGAUGGGCGACCCAAAUUUCAGAUUCACAAUUUGAGAGAAAGCCGGAGUUCGUGGAUGUGCCAUGCGUGCAAUCUAUGUCGCUGCCAGG